AUGGCGGACCUGGAAGCCGUGCUGGCCGACGUCAGCUACCUGAUGGCCAUGGAGAAGAGCCGCAGCCAGCCAGCCGCCCGAGCCAGCAAAAGAAUAGUUCUUCCAGAUCCCAGGUACUUUUUUCUCCUUCAAAUAUUUUAUUUAUUUGAAAAAGGAUAUGUAGUACCAUUUCUUAUCAAUUUUUCAAUUUCUUUAAACUUGACUUUUUUUCUCAAUUUUUUUCAUAGCUUUGAGAUCGAAUCUUUUAAAAAGUAUCGGAGCUUUAAAUUCCACAUUAUUUCUUCAAAUGUUCAACAUUUUUUUCGUAGAACUUUUAUAAGUAGUAGAGUUUAUUCUAACUUCUAGACUUCAAUUUUUCACCGAUUUACCAGUAAAUUGUGCCUGAUAUUUUUUUCAAAAAAAUCACAUUGGUUUUGACUCAAUUGUAGGUUUCAUUAAAUUUCAAAAAAACGUUCGACUCACGUUUAUUAAAUUUCUUUCCCCAAAAUGUUUAUUCAUGACUUAGUUGUGAGAAAAUUAUUUCUUCGUAUUUUAUUUUUCUUGGAAAUUUGUAGGAAAUGGGAAAAGCGGCAGGAAUGCUUUCCGGGCUUAAAACGUUGAGCCGCUAGAAAAUGUGGAAAUUGAGCGGAUUUUCGGGGAUGAAGACGUAUUGGCUUUCAGCGUUCGGAGCAUCAUGCAAAAGUACUUGGAGAAGACGGGCGAAAUAAAGUUCGAGAAGAUUUUCAACCAGAAGCUCGGCUUCCUGCUCCUCAAGGAUUUCGCAGAGAAUGUCACCGAAAACUCUUGUCCGCAGAUCAAAUUCUACGAGGCGGUCAGUGUUUCAGAUGAUAAGUCAAGUUUUCUGAGGAACCAUCAUAGUUUGGCAAAAAACUUCCUUAAAAAGUUCGUAUCAUUUUUGAAAGUUAUUAUUUCAGUAGAACUACAGUAGCAUAUGUGUAAAUAUUAUAGGCCGAAGUAAUGGGAGAAGAUUUACUUUGAACCUCAGUGAAAAGCGUCUUCAUUUCCUUUUUUACAAAGUGUUAGGCUAAAAACAUUUUCUGCUAUCGUUUCAGAAAGCUUUCUUUAAUUUAUAAAAAAAAAUUUCUGGAAAACCGAGAGAUAAAAUCUUCGAUUUCAGAUAAAGGAAUACGAGAAGAUGGAAACGCCGGAAGAAAGAUUGACGAAGGCCAGAGAGAUCUACGAUCACCACAUCAUGGUCGAAAUGUUGGCUCAUUCUCAUGUCAGUUCCAUUUUUAUCUCUUCCGGUGACAAAUUAUCACCUGUUCUAAUCGAUUUUCCUCUCCCGAAAGUACAAUUUCUGUUCAGAACUAUUCCAAGGAGUCGCUGCAACACGUCCAAUAUCACCUGUUAAAAGGGAAUGUUCCACCUGACCUGUUUCAGGUAACUUAUAAGUGUUCUAUGGAAACUUUUCUGAGCAUGUGAAUUAGAUUCGAAACCUCUGAAAAUCUCUUGGAGCGAAAAAUUGUUCAUUUUUAUCUGAGGAAUUUUCAGCGUUACGUCGUCGAAAUUUGCGACCAGCUGAAAGGCGACAUCUUUCAAAAGUUUCUGGAAAGGUAAAAUUCUUGUUUUUGUUUAGGCGCAGACUUGUUCUGCUCCAUUUGGGUUAGGGUGGUCCAAAAAACGCGUUACGAAAACUUUUUCUCUAAAUCAAACAUGUUUAGAAUACGAAUGUUUGUGUUAUUUUUUAUUUCAUGUUAGAUUCGAUUCUUUAGAAAGGAUUUCGCUUUAGUUUGAAUCUUGCAAUUUUCAAUAAAUUCCCUCGAAAGUUCUUUGAAAGUCUAGAUUGAGAUUGGAAAACAGUGUGUAUGCUGGACAAGUCGGUUGGUUCGGUCGCUUUUUUAAAUGCCCAUUUUUUGAAAAUUUUAAAGAUCGAAAUUGUUCAAGUCUCCGAAAUCCGUAGAGCUCUCUAUUGUGGUUAGUUUAAAAGUUAAAAAAACUAAAUUAUGACGGCCCGAAAUGGGAGAUUUCAUUCAUGUUUUUUUGGAAAAUAAAUUUCAGACCAACCUUUUUUUAAAUUUUUACUUUGAAUAGGAAUAAAUUAUGUGCGAAAAAAAGUUUUGAUUUUUUUGAAAAUAGGCUUCAAAACAGGUCAUUUUAUGAAGACAAAUUUACUUUAAUACCGUUCACAACUUAAUAAAGGCCGAAGAAGUUUUCAAAAUUGAAAAAGUGGAAAAAUAUGCAGCACAAAAAAACCGACCGAUCUGCGCAAACUUUUUACUUCUGCAAAUUCGAACUUAAAAUUUCAAUAGAGUUUGUUUUAGUUCGUCUUUUUUUAUUUCAAGUUGAUGAUAUACUUCAUCCAACGAUACACUCACCAUUGUAAAAGAAGAGUUGAUAUGAAAACGAUUAUUUCGUUUUCAGCGAAAAGUUCACGAGGUUCUGCCAAUGGAAGAACUUGGAGCUGAACAUGCAGCUGACGAUGAACGACUUCUCCGUCCAUCGGAUCAUUGGCCGAGGCGGCUUCGGCGAGGUCUACGGCUGCAGAAAAGCCGACACCGGGAAAAUGUCCGUCUUUUUCGUUUCAAACGGGAAAAUAUUUGGAUUCAAAAAAUGUUAAUAUAAUUUAGAAAAUCAGGUGGUUCUGUAAUGACAGGUUUAGGCAAACAAAAUUUAAAAAUUAAGAAAUGUUUUCAAAAUUGAAAAUCUUCAGGUACGCGAUGAAGUGUCUGGACAAAAAACGGAUUAAAAUGAAACAAGGAGAGACUUUGGCGCUCAACGAAAGGAUCAUGCUGAGUCUCGUCUCCACCGGGGUUAUUUUUUCCCUUCAUUUCAUUAAAACUCUCCAGAAAUUGUAAAUUUCUAAUUGACGUGAUAAACAACCAGAAAAAAAAAAUUGCAAGUGUAAAAGCUCAAUUUUUUAGCCGGUCUCAAGUUUUUCUCUAGAAAUUCUUAUUUUUUUCGAAGACUGAUUGAAAGACAAGAUCUGUUUGAAGUACUGAGAAUAUUUCAAAAAAAUUUUUCAUUCAAAAUUCUAUCGCAAAAGAAAUCCGCGAAAAUCGCGGUAAUUUAUAGAACUUGGACUUGCUUUUAUAAAUAAUUUUUAUAAGCACCAUUUUCAGAAAACCUGUAGGAUUUUGACUAAAUCUUGGAUUUUUCAGCAAGACUGCCCAUUCAUCGUGUGCAUGACCUACGCCUUCCAGUCACCCGACAAACUUUGCUUCAUUUUGGAUCUGAUGAACGGCGGCGACCUCCAUUAUCAUCUAUCCCAACACGGCGUCUUCACCGAAAACGAGAUGCUUUUCUACGCUUCUGAGGCGAUUUUCCGAGUCCGUUCAGAAUUUCACAGAAACAUCUACAGGUGAUUCUCGGCCUGGAACAUAUGCACAACCGAUUCGUAGUCUACCGAGAUCUCAAGCCGGCCAAUAUUCUUCUAGAUGAGAAUGGACAUGUGAGUCUAAUUUUGGGUUUUAAUAUUGAGCAGUGGAGAAAAUUAUUUCUUGUAGCUUUUGUGGCUUCAGAGACCGCGAUUUUCUUGAAACUCGAAAAUCAAUUUUUUUUUUAGUUUUUUUUUUUAUAUUGAAAUUUUGUUCUUCCUCUUCUGAAUCUCACUAUAAUUCCUGAUCUCAUCAGAAAUUGCCGUAAUCAAGAAAUUGAUAGUAAUUUUCAGACCCAUUUUUAUAUUCUAAGUGACCAAAUGUAUGUUCAGGUUCGCGUUUCGGAUCUUGGUCUUGCCUGCGACUUUUCUAAAAAGAAGCCUCAUGCUAGCGUGUUAGUUUUUUUCAUUACUUUUUCGAAAAAGAGAAAAUAACGACUAAAAACUAAAAUUUCCAGAGGAACACACGGGUACAUGGCGCCAGAAGUUUUGGCGAAAGGAGUCGCCUACGACUCGUCGGCCGACUGGUUCUCCCUCGGCUGCAUGCUCUACAAGCUGCUCAAGGUGCUCUUUUCGCCAUCGAUCUCUUGGAAUCCGGAUAUUCAGGGUCACUCGCCAUUCCGACAGCACAAAAGCAAGGACAAGAACGAGAUCGACAAGAUGACUUUGACACAGGUAAGGAUUUUGGUAACUUUUGAAAGAAACAGAAUUUCACAGCUUCUGAGUUUAAAAAAAUUUUAAUUUCUUCAAAACUUUGUCAUGUUUUUGCAUUAAGUCCAGAACUAAAUUUAAUGGAAUCGGUUUUUCCUGAAAAAAAUUUUUCCAUUUGAAUUUCUAAGACUUUUCCAAAAAAAUAAUCAAGUGAAUUAUUUAUAUUUUUUUAAAAAAACCAUUCUGUUCAGAUAAUUUGAAAAACUAUUUUUUUAAAAAAAUCUUCGUUAAAGAAGCGUUCCAACCAGCCGCUUUCUGAGCGAAAGUUUCGUUUUCUGCGAUUUUCGUUCUGAAUAAAUAACGAAACUCUUGAACAAAAGCUCAAAAAGCCAAAAAAAAGCUUUGACGCCGAUCUCCAGUUUCUUGCAUUUUCCAGGACAUCGAACUUCCGCACGAAGGACUGACGCCCACAUGUCGCGACCUUCUGGAAGGCCUUCUGAAGCGCGACGUGCCGGACCGCCUCGGAUGUCGUGGUCGCGGUCCAUCGGAAGUCAAGGAGCACGUCUUCUUCAAGAACGUCGACUGGCAGACCGUCUACCUCAGAAGAAUGACGCCCCCGCUGAUCCCACCUCGUGGCGAGGUCAACGCAGCCGACGCCUUUGACAUUGGAAACUUCGACGACGACGAGGUGAAGGGCGUCAAGAUGACGGAGGCCGACAACGAGCUCUACAAGAAUUUCAACAUCACAAUCUCGGAAAGAUGGCAAAACGAGAUCGCCGAGACGAUAUUUGAGGUGGAAAAUUGAGUUCUUUACAUUUAUCGACUGAAUUUGAAGGUAGUGAACCAAGACGCCGAUAAAGCCGAGAGCAAGAAACGUUCCAAACAGAAAAUCAAGGUGACCAUUGAUGAGAAAGGUAGGGAGUUCCCCAGGUUGCGUGUCAAGAUUUCUUUUCUCAGAUUCUGACGUCAUCGUGCAUGGGUAUAUCAAGAAGCUGGGAGGGCCGUUUACCUCAGCGUGGCAGACACGCUACGGAAAAUUGUAUCCAUCGCGCCUUGAGUUGUACCCGGAAUCCCUGAGCGGCAAGCCGGAGGUUCAUAAAUCUUAUCAGAAGACACAGAAACAGGGGAUUUUCAGCUCGUCUUCAUGGAUCAGAUCGAAGACGUCUUCGCAGACCUGCAGACGGUCAAAGGCGAGAACGCGAUCGUGGUGAAGCUGCGCGACGGGUUCAAAGAACCGAGGAUCAGCCUCACAAACUCAGUACGAUCUCUCGGCUGACACGCCUUCAGAAAGCGAUCAUUCCAGGACGAAAUAUCGCUGAAGGAGUGGCACACGUCACUGAGGACGGCCCACAAGGUGUCCUCGGAGUUGCUCCAACGGAUGGGCCGCAAGGCGAUCAAGAUCUACGGCGUCAACCACGAUCCGAUGCUCAGCGACAGCGAAAGACCGGCCUCCGUCACUCGCGCCUACCUCAACCGAGCCAGCAGCGUCGAUUCCGGCGUCUAA